AUGGAGAAUGCAAAGCCUACUGGAACUCCAAUGAGUCCAACAACUACACUUGAAGAUGACAAUAAAGGAAAAAGUGUGGAUGAAACAAUGUAUAGAGGAAUGAUUGGAUCUUUACUAUAUCUCAUGGCUAGUCGACUAGAUAUAAUGUUCAGUGUGUGGAGGUGUGAAAGAUUUCAGUCGGCUCCAAAGGAAUCUCAUCUCACUAGAGUUAAACGCACUAUUAGAUACCUCACUAGGACCACUGAAUUAGGAUUAUGGUAUGCUCAUUCCAACAAUUUUGAUUUAAAAGGUUUUUCAGAUGCAGAUUUUGCAGGUGAUAGAAUUGACAGGAAAAGUACUAGUGGUAUAUGCCAAUUGCUGGGGAAUGCUCUAAUUUCGUGGCAUAGCAAAAAACAAAAUUGUGUUUCCUUGUCAACCACUGAAGCAUAA